AUAAGGAGUACUAGUAGAUAUAUAAUUAGAGGGAUGUAGCUAAGAAUUAAUCCAACGUGUCCCCACGCAGUUGCACAUAGAUAGGCACCAUUCUAAAAGUUUCCCAUGAGCAUAUAGGUUACGGCAAAGCUCCUAGUCUUUACAGACAACUCAUCACUCCCACAAGCUACGUGUGACACUGGAACGCUAAUUCCACCAUCAUCCCUUGUCUUUUUACUCUGAUCAAUCAAUCAAACCUCACCCUUUGUCCUUUUUAGGUGACUUGUGUAUACUCCUCUUUGGUCAUUGAUCAAAAGGUCCAGGACCUUAAUUCAUCACAAAAAAAAAUUGGCCUUUUUAGGAAUAGGAUCAGCACCUACCUUUUCUUCAUCUUCCUCAUCACCAUUUAUGAAAAGGCCAUGUGCAGCAUCAGCGCCUUAUAUCAACAACCAUUUCCGAUUCUUGCGGCGGUUUGAGUUUACAAAAGCUGAGGCGGCACAAUUGGAGUUGCAGCACUAUGUCACCGACGACGAUGAUAACAACCAGGUCAUUGAUUUUCCUGGUGGGAAAGUUGCCUUCACUUCGGAGAUGAGAUUCAUUUCCGAGUCUAUUCAGAAAAGGGUGCCUUGCUAUAGAGUUCUUGAUGACAAUGGGAUGCCCAUGAAAUACAGCAACUAUGUACAGAUCAGCAAAGAAAUGGCUGUGAAGAUGUACUCGGACAUGGUCACUCUUCAAACUAUGGACAGCAUAUUCUACGAAGUGCAGCGUCAAGGAAGAAUUUCCUUCUACCUCACCUCAAUGGGAGAAGAAGCUGUUAACAUUGCAUCUGCAGCUGCACUUUCUUUUGAUGAUGUCAUUCUGCCCCAGUACCGGGAGCCAGGAGUGCUAUUGUGGCGCGGUUUCACACUGCAACAAUUUGUGGACCAGUUGUUUGGAAACACAAGUGAUUUGGGAAAAGGCAGGCAGAUGCCAAUACACUAUGGGUCUAACAAGCAUAAUUACUUCACAGUGUCGUCCCCCAUUGCGACACAGCUUCCUCAAGCAGUUGGUGCCGCCUACUCCCUUAAAAUCGAUGGCAAAAGUGCGUGUGCAGUCACUUAUUGUGGCGACGGAGGCACCAGUGAGGGUGAUUUCCAUGCUGGUUUGAACUUUGCUGCAGUAAUGGAUGCCCCAGUUAUUUUUAUCUGCCGUAACAAUGGAUGGGCCAUCAGUACACCAGUAGAAGAACAAUUUCGAAGUGAUGGAGUAGUAGUGAAAGGACAGGCUUAUGGAAUCUGGAGCAUCAGAGUAGAUGGAAAUGAUGCUCUUGCUGUUUAUAGCGCAGUUCAUACUGCUCGUGAAAUUGCGAUCAAAGAAAAAAGACCAGUUCUAAUCGAGGCUCUCACUUAUAGAGUAGGACACCACUCUACAUCAGAUGAUUCAACCAAGUACCGGCCAAUUGAUGAGAUUGAAUAUUGGAAGAUGGAAAGAAAUCCUGUGAAUAGAUUCAAAAGAUGGGUUGAAAGGAAUGGUUGGUGGAGUGAUCACAAUGAAUCGGAGCUUAGAAGCAGCGUGAGGAAGCAGUUGAUGCAAGCUAUCCAGGUGGCAGAGAAAGCACAAAAACCUCCGCUCAGCGACCUAUUCAACGACGUCUAUGACCGACUACCAUCGAACCUUGAGGAGCAAGAGAGAUUACUUAGAGAAAUUGUCAAGAAGCAUCCAGAGGACUACCCUUCUGAUGUUCCUUUGUAGUUUCAAAUAAGGAUUUGUACAAAGUUCGACCUCCAACCCCAAAAGAGUUAAAAAAAUUUAGGGGUCCUGGAGGUUUCUCUUGGUUUUAUUAUUAUGUAUUGAUUUCAAACAGAAAUCUAACCAGAAAGCAGAGUGAAGAAUAAACCCUUUAUUGAGUGUAAAAUAAAAUUGCAAUUAUCAUA